GUCGGCAGUGUUUGUGUGACGGAUGCCAGUUUCUUUAGUCUGUGGACUUGGAAUGUGGACGGAGUGUUGCAAAUAACAUGGCAUAGCAUAAAAUAAAUAAUAUUUGCAUUUGCUGUGCGAAAUACAUUAUUAUCUAAAUGUGUCGAUACGUUUCGUUAAAUAUAAAAGGUGUCAUGUGAAAAGACUGCGACUUUUAAUUCUUUGCGCAGGGUAAUAAAUGGGGGUAGCUUUUGUGAUUUUUAAUGUAUUGUGGUGAGUGGAGAUGGAUCGGCGUUGUUCCCAGUCCGUUCGGACGCUGGUUUUCGACGAUUCGGACUCCGACGCGUCUAAAAGCGGGCAGAAGAAGGAUUUGGCUUCAACAGGAGCUCCUUCGUCGUUGAAUCAGAGCGCUGAAGAUGCGGGCAAGAAUUUGCUCACGAAUCUUGUGCGCAUGCGUCGGUCAGCGCUCGGGAAGUCUGCACCCACUCUCUCGGUACACGUGAAAGAACAGUGCGUGGUAUCUCGAAGACCGUCAAGAUUGCCGCCUCCGCCUCCACAUCACAGGCUUUCACUUGUGAUCGGGUCAGGGAGGUGCAGUUCCCCGGGCACCGGUCCGCUGUCUCCGGCCGAGGGUCCGCGAUGGCCUCACGCUCACCACCCGCACCCUCUGCACCACGCGCUUCUCUCGUCCAGCGUGAAACGCGGCAAGGAGCUCGACGGUCGCAGGUGGUCGGUGGCAUCGCUGCCCUCCUCUGGUUACGGGACCACGCCGGGCAGCUCGAGUCUAUCACAGUCACAAUGCUCGUCCCAGGAGCGGUUGCUGGCCGUGCAGACGGCCUGCGACCCGCAGCCCCGGGCGCCGUGUCCUCAUUGCCAACAUCAGAACUCGCUCAACAGUUCACAGGGCAGCGGUAUGAACAACUGGGCGUCCCUUUCGGAUAGCGGCGGCAGUGGCAAUGCUGGAGCCCGCGCGCCCUCACCGCAGGGCUUGUCGCGACGGGUCCGGAGUCGCAGUCUCAGCAGUCCUUCCCGUUCUAUCGGCGGCUCGUCGGGCGGGGGGUCCGGCUCGCGGGACGACGCCGUGUCGGCCAUGUCGUCCCUGUUCGCUGCCAGAUUCCCCGCCGCUCAGAAAUCUAUGGACGACAAAUUAAGAGGACUCAUUGAUGAGCUCACGGAAUUGGAUAAGAAACCUGAUCGGCCGCCUAUAGAGAGAUUCGUACAGAGACAGGUUCUGGAGAUGGCUCGCGACUGCCUCCACAAGUCUGAAUCAAAGCAGGUGACCAGCACCUACUUCUACGACAUGGCGGACAGUCUGGACCGGCUACUUGCAGAGACGAGAGAGAAGUCAGCCGAAGCGGGUGGUCAGGUGGCGCCGCUGGUCAACCGGCUGAUCCUGGCGAUGGCCCGGCCGGCGCGCCUGCUCGAAUGUCUGGAGUUCGAUCCCGAGCGGUUCUACAGGCUGCUGGAGGCCGCGGAGGGACACGCCCGACAUUUGCAGGGCAUAACAGACAUUCCACAGUACAUCAUCCACAAGCUGGGACUCUCCAAGGACCCGCUGGCCGAGCUGCACGCCCCCCCGCCCCCUCCCCUCCCGCAGAAUACCUCGCCUUCCAAGCUUCGCGGCCGCCAGUCGCCCCCCGGCUCGAGUUCGGGGGCGCCUCCCUCGGAAGCUGACUACCAGGUCAUAAAGCUCAUAUCGAACGGAGCUUACGGAGCCGUGUAUCUAGUCAAACACAAACAAACGAGACAGAGGUUCGCCAUGAAGAAGAUCAGCAAAAACAACUUGAUACUGAGGAACCAAGUGGAGCAGGCGUUCGCCGAGAGGGACAUCCUCAGUUUCGCUGAUAAUCCGUUCGUGGUGACGAUGUACUGCUCGUUCGAGAGCCGGCGGCACCUGUGCCUCAUCCUGGAGUUCGUGGAGGGCGGCGACUGCGCCACGCUGCUGCGCGCCGGCCCGCUGCCGCCCGACAUGGCGCGCCACUACUUCGCCGAGGCCGUGCUGGCCGUCGAGUACCUGCACUCCUACGGCAUCGUGCACCGCGACCUCAAGCCCGACAACUUGCUGAUCACGGCCACCGGCCACAUCAAACUGACAGACUUCGGGCUGAGCAAAAUGGGACUUAUGUCGUUGGCGACGAAUUUAUACGAGGAGUACGCCGACAGAGAGGCGCGGCAGUUCUCCGACAAGCAGGUCUGCGGCACUCCCGAGUACAUCGCGCCGGAGGUCAUACUCCGACAGGGCUACGGGAAGCCGGUGGACUGGUGGUCGAUGGGAGUCAUUCUGUACGAGUUCCUGGUGGGAUGUGUGCCGUUCUUCGGCGACACCCCCGAGGAGCUGUUCGCUCAUACCGUCAAUGAUGACAUAGAGUGGCCGUCGGAAGAAGACUUUCCGAUUGCGGUGGAAGCCAGAGCCAUCAUCACGGAACUCCUCGCGCGCAACCCGAGGGACCGGCUCGGGACUGGCGGCACCCAUCAAGUCAAGGACCACGUUUAUUUCUACGGCCUGGACUGGAACAACCUGCUCAGGAGGAAGGCCGAGUUCAUACCGCAGCUGGAGAACGACGAAGACACCAGCUACUUUGAUAGUCGGUGCGAGAGGUACAACCACAGCGAGGUGGACACGGACGAGGCGGCCGACGCGCCCGACGACGGAGUGUUCGCCGCCUUCUCCAGCACCUCGCCGCAGUGGAGGAGGCACCAUCACUCCUGCGCCGAGCACGACUCCCGGAGCACGGACAGCUGGCCUGGCACACCGGACAGCGCCGGGCCGCCCACGACGCCCACAGCGCCUCUGCAUCAUCAUCAUCCGAAAUGUCCUGUGGUGGGCAGCAGCCAGCAGGUGUCGGCGGAGUCGUCGCAGACGGACAGCGAGGACGUGUCGCCGGCCGCCCGCCGCCGCGCCCCGCCCCGCCUGCACCUGCCCUCCGCGCUCGCCCUCACCCCCCGACUUUCGGACAUCCGAAGAGAGGACCGAAGCAUAGACAAGCCGGAUAGAACGGAGAAGACGAAGCCGACAGCCAUUAUGGCGGCAAAAUCUAUGCGGCGUUCGGCCAGCACUUCAGGAUUGUCUUUGGUUAUACAUCCAGCCGACGACAGCACGCUGAGCGCGGGGGCGGGCUCGCCGUGCGCCGGCAACACUUCCUCCACCAACUCCUCGAGGGACUCCUCGCCGUGCAGAGAUCCGCCUUCGCCGUUCGCUUUGCCGAAUCAUUCUUUGAUCCAAGCGUCGAAGCCGCCGAUGGUUGUGCGGCGCGGCCCCCGCGGGUUCGGCUUCACGAUCCACACGGUCCGCGUGUACUACGGCGACACGGACUACUACACUAUGCACCAUCUCGUCUCGGCCGUGAACGAGCAAGGCGCGGCGUGGGCAGCCGGUUUGAGAGCCGGCGACCUCAUAACGCAGCUGAACGGCGAGUCAGUGCAAGGGCUGCUGCACACGCAGGUGUUAAGGUUGCUAUUGGCAGCGCCGCACGCGACGUUACGAGCGACACCACUGGAUCAGACAACUAUACAGUCUGGUGGGCGUCGCCGUACUAGCGGCGGGAGGAGGGCGUAUGCCCCCCCUCGACCGCGGCCCCGCAGACGAUGCUCCCUGUUUAGAAGGAUAUCCACCAAACGCGCUACACAGGAAAUGCAUCAGAUGGUAUCGGGCGAGGCGGUGACGUCAGCGCCCCCCGCCGCGCCCCCCGCGCCCCCCGACGCGCCGCUGCACGCCAACACGCACUUCCAGAGACCGUCGUCGUUACACGGGCUGAAGCACAAGCUGGUGGGCGGCGCGGAGGUCCGUCGCUCUUCGCUGCAACACAUGCCGCUGUCCCCCCUCGCGAGGACGCCCUCCCCCUCGCCGCAACCCCCGCCCCCUGCCUCGCCUACCAGUCGCGUGGAGGCCCGCAGUCCUUCGCCGCUCGCGACGCGGGAGUGCGGGCGCCGCGCCUGGCCGAGACGCGACCCCGCCUCCCCCCUCCUCCGCCGGGCGCUCUCGCCCGAUAGAUUACACCCUCGUUCAGCUGAAGCCAAGUGUUCGAUAUCGCCUCUGUGCUGCGGGGGGGUGGUGGCGGGCGUGUCGGUGAGCGCGGGGAGCACGCGGCGCGGCGGGGUGUGGCGAGCGCCCGCCCCCGCGCCUCCCACUCCGCCCCCCCAGGACAAGCCCGACGAGCCACCCCUGCCCAGGAUAGCAGAGGAGAAGGAUUCGCCGACGCAUCACGCCAGAAACUUGCCUAAUAGCCCGGCGAGACAGGCGACCCCCAGCAUCUUCACGUCAUCUCCGAAGACGAGUCUCGGCAAGUCUCCGUUCGACGCGUCCGCCUCAUUCGCGUCGCUCUCACUCUCCGACGAGUCCUACAUCGCGGAUUCGUCCGUCAAUCUAUCCGUCUUGGAUACGUCCAGGGACCUCUUUAUCGACGAGUCCAGGACGAGCACGGAGCCGAGCGUCGCCGACGAGAAACCACCAAAAGUAGAACCUCCAGUUAUCGAGCAGCCCAAAGUUCGGAAGAAGUCUGACUCGAGUCUUAAGGAGGAAGAGUUUAAAACGAAAAACAAAAAAACGGAACUCAAGAAACAAGAUUCCUUGAAGAAGAUCGAAGUCAAGGAUGAACCCAAAGUGGAAGAGAAAAAAGUUGACAAGCCAAUGGAACGAGUCGGCUCGGUAAAGAAGGUCGAGAAGGAUAUGAAGAAGGCGGAGAAGGCGGAGAAGAAACAGGAUAAACAAGAGCCUAAGAGGACAGAGUCCCUGAAGAAGAUGGAAGGACUGAAGAGACAGGAAUCUGUCGAACUAAAUAAGUCUCCAGAAGCGGUCGAGAGCACGGAAGCUCGCAGCAAAAGCGUCGUCAGUAAGCUGCUGGGCGUGAUGGGGCGGCGCUCCACUAAGGACCGGGACGACGACGAGCAUCGCCUCUCCAAGAAGCACGAUAAGCACGCCAAAAGAAAGGUGAGCACGCAGGGCGGCAGUACGCCGGGCCAGCCCAGGCCGCCGGAGCCGGUGCCGCCGACGGAAAGGGAACCAGAGGACAAGAAACGCAAGAACCGCGGCCGCGCCUCCAGCUCCUCGUCAGGAGAGAAAUAGACAAGACAAUAAUCACCCUUAUGGCGAACGCUUUAGGCUUCGAUCUCGCUUAACCGCUACGGCUUUAGAAGUUUGAAGGUAAAGCCAUAAAUAAGUACACUGGUUUUCUAAACAAUGAAAACAUAUGUUUUUUAAUUUUGUUUGAAAUAUGAGGCAAAGACAUUUGUGGAACACGAGUCGUACGUGACAUAUCGUAGGUUGAUAUUGACAUGCCAAAGUUAGUGUCAAUAUUGUAUCUCGUAGAGACUUUUAAACUAAUCGGAUCAAAAAAUGUUAUAAAAGAUUUAUAUUCCGUCAAUAAAAAAUAAAAAAACUGGAACAAAAAAACCGUAGAGUCAGCGUCGAAUUCGAACGUAAAUUAUAAUUUAAAAAUAACAAAAAAUUAAUGGAGUGGCUUAUUCUGGAUUGGUGGAUGUCCAAGAUCCUUUGUAAGUUAAUAACUCAAUGACCUGUAGUCUAUGGAUUUUUUAUUUAAUAUAUUUAAUCGACAAUCCUAUGAUCUGAAAGAUUGCUUCAUGUUUUGAUUCCUUAAACUAUUAUUGUUGUGUAUUUGUGAUAAUGUACGUAAAAGAUGCUUAGAUAAAAACAACGCCAACGAUAAAUACAACUUAUUUCUAAAGCCGUACGGUUCGAUUUUGUAUAAAUAUGUGUGUGUUCAAAUUAGCGCGAAAGAGGCAUACAUACAUGAUUAAACUAGGGAAGAUGGUGGCGAUGAAUUGUUGUAUAUUUUGAUUGAAAUUCGUCUUUUAUAUUAAUAAUUAAUAAUAAUAAUAAUAAUAAUAAUUAAAUGUGUGUUAAUGCUGAUUUUAAAAUCUUCAUAACCGUUUGCUGAUUGAUUGGGCAAUGUUUUUAAAAGGCCUCUUUCUCUAUGUCCAUUAUUGAUGUUGUGUAUUUCGUAAAUAUAAUUAAUUAAAAGUAUGUAAUUAGUUAUUAACGCUGUAAGCUUCCGUUUAGACUGUUUCUAGUUUUUAUUAUCGUCAUUAUUACGGAACUAAAAGUUUUUUACGUAUCAAAAUUUUCUUUGUUGUUGAUUGGGUAAUAGAAAUUUCGCGAAGGAUUUUUUCGAUUUUUUUUUUUGGUAAUGUAGUAUUUUUAUAAGGCGGCGUCGUAAAUUGUACGAUCAAAAUGAAUUGACUAGAUCCGAUUUCACGAUUUAGAAGUUGAUAACAAACAGUGUAACGUCAGAAAAACAAUUACAUUAUUAUUUUUUCUUUUAAUUUUUCCAUUAACUGUUAUCUGUGUAAAUGUUUUGACACGGAGCAUUGAUAAGACACAUGUAUGGCUAUUUUAAAUUUAAAAAAAAGUUUAGUAUUCCGAAAUAUCUUUACGUCUCAGAAGUGGAGUCAAUAGAAAAAUCUCAUUACUGCAUCUUCGAUUUGUUGAAAGGUUCAAAUAGAACAUGACAAAUGCGUUUGGUAUUAUGACUAAUUUCCCAAAACCCUGUCGGUAGGGUAGGACCUAGCUUCAGAGCAAAGCGGCUUAGGUGAUCACCCAAAACUAUGAGAAUUCAUCAAACACAGAUUGGACAAUAGUGUCAAGAAAAAAAAAUGAUCUUUUUUUUUUAUUUGACGACACUGGUCUGGUCUGGUCACCCUCCAGCCACAUCUGUCACCCACAUCACUAUUAUCUUGCACACGAAUGACGUUUGACAUGUAACGUCACUGUCAUAAUGACAGUAUUGAAAGCAAAAAGAAUUGCAAUUUUUAAUAAUUGUUUUUUUACAUUGUCGUUAUUUGUUUUUUGGGUCUUAGAAUUAGGAAUAGUAUUUUUAGGUUACUUACUUAUUAAUUUUGAUAUGAAAUACAAUAUUCUUUUUUAAUUAACAAAUAGCGUUAGUUAUCACUCUGUCUACUUUAGAACGUUAAAAGAUGUAUUUCUCUGUCAUUCUAAAUAAUAAAUUUUAUCAGUUAUAGAGAGGCAAGAAUAUAGGAUUAAAAUGUAAACUAAUGAUGAAUUACAACUUAUCGAAGGAAUCAAACAAUUAAAUAGUUUCUAGUACAACAUAUAAUUCCGUAUAUUUAUAAGUUGGAUGAUCGAAAAUGCAGCCCUAAGUGUAAUCAAUUUUUUUUUUCAGUCUAGAAUAACUCGAUAGAUUAUUUUUAAUUUUAAAUGCAAGCAACGUUUUAGGAUUAGUUUUAAAACAAAACAUCGCUUUCUUCAGCUAAAUUGUGAUAUAAAUAUAAAGUUUUCAUUUUUAAAUUCAUUUAACAAAAACAAAAAAACUAAACGAAAAAAAGCCGUAUUUCUAUAGCGUUUAGGUACAUAAUUGCCGCGUUAUAUUUCGUUUGAUAAACUUCAUUAGUGUGUUUCAUGUUUGAGAGAAUGAUUUUUAUCUACACGUUACAUUUUGUAUGUCUUUUUGGUUUGAUUCAGUGCCAUACUUGCGAACCUUUGCUUCAUAAACAUCAGCCCGUCUUGUAAUCUUAAUAUCGAGGGUCGAAAGCUUUGGAAGAAAAUGGUUUAAGUGACAUUUUUGCAACUUUACAAUAGAGCCAUUUAAAAUUUAAAAUUUCGAAAAAAUAUUUCAUAACAAAGAAAAAUUCUUCAGGUAUUUGAAUGUGAUUAAACUUAAUUGAAGUUCAAUUAAAAAUAUCGAAUUGUUGAUGCGAAAACCAAAUAAAACGGACCUUUAAAUACACAAAGGUAGUUCGGUAGGCAGCGGCUUGGCAUUGCUGAUGUCCAUGGGCGACGGUAACCACUCACCAUCAGGUGGGCCGUAUGCUCGUCUGCAAGGGCAAUAAAAAAAACGAAGACAAAUGUCGCAUAUUAAGCGAAAUGUCACUAAACCGAAUAGCUCACUUCACUCGUAGAUAAAUUUGGGUCCCGUUUUAAUGACUUUGAGGUCGGUCAGAUGAGACUGGAGACGUGGUGAGUUCAAACGACCGAGCGAGUUUUAAAUCGAUUUUUAUUAAUUUCCUACGAUCUCUACAGAUAUUUUUUUUAAUUGCUUAUAUGGGUCUUUCGGGUGGACGAGCUCACAGCCUACCUGGUGUUAAGUGGUUACUGGAACCCAUAGACAUCUACAACGUACAUGCGCCACCCACCUUGAGAUAUAAGUUUUAAGGUUUCAAGUAUAGUUACAACGGCUGCCCCGCCCUUCAAACCGAAACGUAUUAAUGCUUCACGGCAGGAAUAGGCAGGACGGUGGUACCUACCCGCGCGGACUCACAAGAGGUCCUACCACCAGUAAUUACGCGAAUUAUAAUUUUGCGGGUAAAUGCGCCACCCGCCUUAAGAUAUAAGUUCUAAGGUCUCAGUAUAGUUACUUACAUUAAUACUCAGACGUGACCAGACGGGUCGGUCCUUCUGAAAUUUAGUUGGCCAUUUCAAGUAGUAAACGCUUCUGUAAUAGAGAAACAUUAAAGUCUUCGGAAAAUUUCAUAGGAACUGGGAACUGGGUGUUCGAGGUUGCAAAAGAUGAUCAGUAGAAGUCAAAUUUUCGUAUGAACUUGAAAGAAUCGAUGUUCAAGUGAUCGUAUUUUAAAGUCUAUCAUUUUUUUUUCACUACCAAUGCUGGUAGCCUUAGAAGACUAAAAAAAUCAAUAUAAAUACGUUUUAGGAGGUUCAAUACAGCGUCUUCCUUUAUUUUUGAUUUGUAUCUGUUUAAAUAAAAGUUUUACAUGUGUGUGUGGUGUGUGUGUGUGUGUGUGAGUGUAGACUGUGUGUGUGUUUGUAUGUAAUUUUGAAUUUCAUUUAUUCAUCACAUUGUCGGAUGAUUUUUUUCAUGAUUUUUGUUUUUUAAUUAUAAUUAAUUUUUACUCUUUAAAAGAUUUUAAGUACAAUUAUAGCUGUUUGUGAAAUGAAAUUUAUUCAUUGAAUAAAAUAUAACAUAACAGUUGACAGUUUUUUUUGUAUUUUUGUGAACACUUUUUCCAUUCCUCCACUGUUGCCUUAGCAGUCCGUUUCAUUAGCCAGCCAGCUUGUUGAGAUAUAACUAUUCCACUGUUCAUAUUCAGCAAAUGUUAUAAUUUAUUUGAUGAAUAAAAAUUUGUUCGGAUUUUACAAAAUCAAUUUCUAAAUUGAUCGCCUGGUCCUUAAAAAAAAAAAAACUUCGGUAUAUAUUUCAUUACAUAGUACAUUCCGUUUUGUUUUUUUUUUAAUUCACUUAUUGCAUUAACUUUUGAUUGCUUGUUCUGUCUUGCAUAAUUAGUAAGAAUAUACAAGCAAUACUUACAUAUUACAGCAAUUUUAGUACACUAUUACAACAAUAUUACAACAAUUUUAGUACACGCAUUCUUGUUGUUGGUGUUGUUUUAAACAAAAAAAUUUUUAAAAGGAAUUGAAGUUAAUUUGCUGAUUGUGUUUUUUUUUCUCCGAAAUGUCCGUUUGAAUACUCGUAUGAUUAUCUGUGAUUCGUGCGAAGCAAUUAUUCGAAGAGAAUCUGUGUAAUAUAGUUCUUGCAGUAGGGUAUUUGACUGCAAACAUUUUUUUUUUUAAAUCAAAAACUGUAUAUUUCUAAGGUAUCAUUGAAAUUACGCAAGCUUGUAAUCAGUAUGUAGAUUUUGUUUGUCGGGUUUUAAUUUUCAAAUGAAAAUCAUUGGUUCGGUCAAGUGGCAACACUCGCGUGGUGCACUCGCUUGUGGCGUCACGCGCGGGCACAAACAUAAUGCGGAUCGCGACGUACUUAUGUACAUAUUAAAAAAUACCUUAUUACGAUGUAUUAUUACGAUGAUGUCACUUCACCGAGGUCACGUGAGUUAGAAAUUAUCGCGCGAGAAUAAGUUUUUAUCCUACGUAUUCGCUGGUAGCCUAAGAGGUUAUCAGCUACAUCCGGGUAGGUGAGGACAGGGGCUCGACCUGAAAGAAUUUGCUAACACUAACCCCAGCAAGAACAGUGCUUGGUAGAAUCUACCACCGAAUCGGAAUCGCGACCCACUGAGAAGAUCCGGCGAGAAACUCAGUGGGCUAAGAAUAACAUACGCAGUCAAAUACUCUGAUUUAUUAAAUUUAAGAAUACAAUUAUCAAUGGCCCCUUUUUUCGGAAUAAAAGGUUCGUUUUGAUAGAUAAAUUAAUGAGACUUUUUUUUUCGACUUUUUUGUAUUGCAUUAUAUAAUAUAUAGGUGGUGUUUUCCGCGAUGCAAUACAUAACAGCGAUAACGCAUUAAUAUUAAUGGUCCAUACAAAAUUGUUUCCGGACCACAGGCUUGGUUUUUGAUUUCAUUAGGUUUUUCCAUUCGAUGUAAUUAGUUUUGGUUGUGUUGUAAUCGUCAAUGUAUGUAUGUGUAAAAUGUGUUUACAUAUUCACGGAUCGAAGACACAUUAUAAAUGAUUUUUUUUUCGGUUUUACGGUUUCAUAAUGUUAUCUUUAUUAAUAUUAUGCAAUUUUUUUUUUUUUUUUUUUUUUUUUUUUUUUUUUUUUUUUUUUUUUUUUUUUAUUGCCUUUGUAGGCAGACGGGCAUACGGCCCACGUGAUGGUGAGUGGUUACCGUCGCCCAUGGACUUCAGCAAUGCCAGGGGCAGAGCCAAGCCGCUGCCUACCGCUUAAUACUCUCCACAAGCCUUGUUUGAAGAAGGACAUGUCAUAGCGCUCGGGAAACACCGAGGAGGGGAGCUCAUUCCAUAGCCGGAUGGUACGUGGCAAAAAAGAUCUCUGGAAACGCACUGUGGAUGACCGCAGUGGCUCCAGGUAGUAUGGAUGAACUCUACUCCGGUGGCGGGCGGUGCGAUGGUAAAAACGAGAUGUUGGUAUCAUCUCGAACAAUUCCUCAGAGCACUCCCCAUGGAACAUACGGUAUAAAAUACAGAGGGAACCGAAGUCCCUCCGCAGACCCAGAGGCUCCAAACGAUCCGAGAGAAUGGCGAAUCUUGUCGUAUUUACGUGUAGAAAUAUACGACAAAGGGAAGAUCUUCCACCGAGCGGGUGAUAUUGCUCGGUAGACCGACGGUCCGAAUGUUGUUGUUCGGAACUUGUAUAUAUGCGCUUUAUCUUUGAAAAUGUCGUAAGCGAGAUUCAGGCAUCUGUCAAAUAUCUUGCGUUGUAUGAUGGCUACCCGCCACAUACGUAAGAAUGUAUUAAGUUUUUCGUCAUAUAAUAACAGGCGUGAUAUUAAUCCUAUUAUUGUUAUAAUUUUUUUAAAUACAUUUUACUGGCUUGGAAACAAAGUCCUUUAAGCCAAAUCAGUAUUUCUGUUUCUUCAUCACUUCAUUUCACAUUAUUUAAAUUGAAAUCACUGUGUUCCCAUCAUUUUAUAUUAAUCUCGGAUGUUGCCAGUGUAUAAAAAAGAUUAUAAACAAACUGAAUCAAUGGAAAUAAACUUUUGACACAUGGAUUUUUAAUUUAUGGAAUUUCUUAUAAUACAAUAGUUAUGUUUACAAUAUGUUCGGUAAAAUAAAUAGAUAAAAUGACAAUACGUGGAUUAUAUUUUAUCGAAAUAAUCAUUGGAACAAAGAACAAUGCGUAUUAUUUCUGAAAUUCAUUGUUUUAUUUUUAUCUUGUACAUAAACAAAAUCGAGCAUUGCGAUUGAAACACAACCAAACUAAUAGUUGCUUGUCAGCUGUGACUAAUAUUUGUAUUUUAAAUAGAGUUUUAGUAACUAAAGCACUUUUUUUUUAUCAAUAAUUAGGAAGCCAUUUUUAAUAGUACUGCUGUAUUAUAGAAAAAAUAAUAUCGUAUUAAAUGUUCAAUGUGAUUUAUUAUUAAUUAAAUUAAAUAGUAAUUGUAUAGUGCAGGGGAAUUAUUUUCUCUAGAAUAAAUUUAAAAUAUGAUUCGAUUUGAAUAAACUCAUUGAUGAAAUGUUA